CAAAACGGACGGCCGGGAUCUUUGGUGUGUAGGUGUGAACGUCCCAGAACCCCUGCGUUGCGAGAGGCGAGUCUUUGGCGCAAGGGUUUUUGCCCGAAGAUCGGAGGCGCCGCGCGCGAGGAAAUCUUCGUCUGGGUUUUGGAGGUAUGGCGCCAGCGUCGGACGAUACUAUCCAGCUGCCGGCAUCGACAUCGGCGGAUUCGUCGUCGCGUCGGCUCUUUGCCAGGGAAAAGAGCGUUCACGAGCUUCUUGGCGGCGGAUUAUUGGGCGAUGUUUUGCUAUGGAGGAAGAAGCACCUCUCCGCGUCGGUUUUGGGGAUUGCCACGCUCAUCUACGUCCUGUUUGAGUGGUGUGGCUACACUGUGCUCUCGGUGUUUUGCAACAGCUUUCUGCUGAUUACCAUCGUCCUUUUUGUUUGGUCCCUUGGGGCCAGCUUCACGAACAGACCUCCCCCUCGUAUUCCUGAGUUACAGCUCUCGGAGAAAACUGUCCAGGAUGUUGCACACACGGUGCAAUUACAGUUCAAUAACGCUGUGGGAGCUUUUCGUUCAAUCGUCCUCGAGAGAAAUUACGUGCUCUUUCUCAAGGCUGCUGCCGGUCUUUGGCUACUUUCCACCGUUGGCUCGUGGACUAGUCUCCUGACGCUUCUUUAUAUCGGUGUGAUCGUUGCGCAUAUUGUUCCGUUCGUGUAUGACAAGUACGAGGACAAGAUCGAGCACUACAUGAAGGUGGCCGUGAGCGAGGGAAAGAAGCAGUACAGCAAAGUAGACGAAAUGGUGGUGAAGAAGAUCCCGAGAGCGGCGAAAGAGAAGAAGUCCGAGUAGUACCACCGUCACCGUCAUCACGGGUUCAGCCUUUCCUCCUCCUCCCAUUCUCUCGUUGGUUUCGAUAUUUAGAGCUCUGCAAUUUCACCAGGUUGGAUGAUCUGAGCACAGUGUUCACAGUGUUCAUAUGUAAGAACCAUUCCCUGUAAGAAACAUUUCCUUUUUCACUA